AUGUUUAAACCUUUAACGGCAACAAACCUUUCUGAAAUUAAGGUAUUCUAUAAAUUUAGAUAUGUUGUAUCACCGCGAGUGUUAGAGAACAUUUUUGAUAAACUUCGAUUAGAAGACACAUAUGGUGAUUGUAAAGAUUUGAAAGUUAUGGAUUUAAAUGCAGGUCCUGCUCAACAAUCUAUAAUAUUUAACAACAGAUAUCGUUGUAAACAGCAUCUUCUUAUGGAUAAUAGACCACAGUUUACCAACUUUUGGGAAAGAAAUUUGAAGAAAUCACAUUUUCAGAUGAGUCCACAAGACCCUUAUGAUUGGGAAUCUUAUUUGAUGUUAAUAGAUCAUCAAAAAUUAUUUGUCCCAGAAAAGCAACCUAGAGAUCAUAUUCAUAAUAAGUUUCUCAUAAUGGGAAAUCUAACAGAUAAAAAGGAAGAAGGGUUAUUGAUGCAAUGGUACAAUUGUGUGGGCCAGAAAAAUUGGCUUCAAAGAUUUGGUAGAGUGAAAAUGUUAUUAUGGGUACCUACUAGCAGUGCUAGAAAAUUACUUGCACCAGCUAGUUCCACUCAAAGAGCUAAAUGCUCCCUUGUAUGUGAAACAUUUACAGAUUCAAAGAUAAUAGCAUUAACACAAGAUGAGGAAUCUGAUUUGUUUGAUAAAAAGCUUCUAGAUAAAUUCGACCCUAUAUGGGUUGAUUAUUCUUCUACACUACCACAGAAAUUUUCUAAGACCAAGAAGAGCCCCAUGUGUUUAUUAGAGAUAGAUCCACUUGAUUUUGAAUUAAAUAAGGGAAAUUGGGACUACGUAACCCAACAUUUAAUGAUUCAAAAGAGUACACCAUUAAUCGAUGCCAUAGAAUCAUUAGGACCUGGUGCGACAGACUUUUUCACUAAACAAAUUAAUGACCCAGAAUUCAUGAAGAGAUGUCCAUAUACCUUUUCGGCGGAAGAAUUCAUUUACCUAUCAGAUAUAUAUUUCAGGUGGCCAUUCAAACCGGAUGUGUUCAUGAAUUUAUUCAAUGCACAGCAGGAAGAAUAG